AUGCAACCUUUAGCACCUUCCAGCUUGAAACCAAGAGCCACGAACACUAUGAAGGGUCUACAAAGAGGUGUUACUGGUGCCCUGUUCGCAUUUGGGUUCCACAAGGCAACCGAGGAAGAGCUUGCCGAGCAGCGAGCGCGAGUUGCAGAGCAAGUGCACGAGGCCAGAACAGCACUCGAGGCUCGGACAGCAGCAGAGGCUGAGGCGAAGACGGAGAAGCAUCGUCAGGUGAACCGCGAGCAUGUCAGAAAGCACCGUGACCGUAAGAGACAAGGCGAGAUGAAAAACGGCACACGCAAUGCAACCACAAGGUGUAAGAUCAACCCGAAGAAGUGUUCAAUUACUGAGACCAAUCUCACAGUCAACGACCUUCGCGAUGAAAGUCCGCCUAAAGAACAGAAGAAGGCCGAGAUUGCUGAGCUGUCCCGGCCCGAAUGUCAUACAAAGGCCCGCAUCCUGAAAAAAUUGAAGUCGAAUGUCGGCCCAAAGCCUCAAAGGGAAGUGAAGGGAGCCAUCUACGUGAACUGGCACACACCAUUCCUGUGGCGCCAGAUUGAGGCUGCACGGAAGGUUGCUGGUUGGAGCUCUCGUGGCAUUCAGAAGGAGCUGGUCCGGCCAAAUGCUGACAUCUUUGGCUGCAUAUCGCACAACUCAAUCCAGGCAUGGUUCGACCUGUCAAACCCACUAGCACCAAAAUGGUCUGAGAGCUGUAUUGAAAUGAACAAGCUUGGGAACCAUCAGGCUGAGGGUAACAAGGGGGGAUGUCGUGGUGUCCUUUCUGCGUAUCCUGAGGUCACGACAUUUGUUAACAGUUGGCUUCAGUCUCUUCACGCAGAGGGUGCACCAAUCAGCUUGGUCACCGUGCGCGGGAUCAUAGUGGCUUCCAUUCUUCAUAUGACAUCUGAGAUCUUCUAG